AACAAACGCUCUUUAACGUUUAAUUGAAUCCUAGAAGAGAAUUAAGAUAAAGUCACAAUCAACGCAGUAUUAUUAUUAAACAUUGGAGAUAAUUUUGCUUGAAAGCCAUUGGCCGUUAUUAUCUGCAUUUCAGAACCAUCUCAAUUGAAUAAGUAGACUGAUAAUUACACUAAGCCGCAGCCUUUUAUUGUUGAAACACCGCUUGCAUUAGGUAUUGUAAAAGCUAGAAAGUGUUUAAAGAAGAAAUUAACUCGUAUGAAAAAUAAGUGAUUUAUGCUCUAUAGCAGAAGAGAUGAAGUACUUGGUCGUUAGCUUGAUUUUCUCGGCAAUUAUCGCCAAUGCUUACGCAUGGCGAUUUUUCUAUAACGGUAGAAUAAAUGAAAACAUAUUGCGUCAGACACAGAAGUUGCAGGAUUCUGCUGAAACCCCUAAGAAUUUUACGAGAUGGUUUACCCAGAAUCUAGACCAUUUUCGCUCGGAUAGCAGGACCUGGAACCAGAGAUACUACGUUAAUGAUGAAUAUUUCGAUAAAGAGAAGCGCAAUGUGGCCUUCCUGAUGAUUGGAGGCGAAGGUGAAGCUACCGAUGUUUGGAUGACCAAUGGUCAAUGGGUCGAAUAUGGAAAACAGUUUAAUGCUAUCUUGUUUCAACUAGAACAUCGCUUUUAUGGAAAAAGUCAUCCUACAGAAGACCUAAGUGUUGAUAACUUGGAAUAUUUAACUAGUGAACAAGCCCUGGCCGAUCUAGCAUUAUUUGUGGCAUCUAUGAAUGAAGAAUACAAACUGUCCUCAGAUAUAAAAUGGAUUGCUUUUGGAGGAUCGUAUCCCGGAUCUUUAGCAGCUUGGGCCAGAUUAAAAUAUCCUCAUCUUAUAAGUGGCUCAGUAAGCACCAGCGGUCCAUUGCUAGCUAUUCCAGAUUUUCAAGCAUACUUCGGAGUGAUUGCUGAUGAUCUGCGUUUAGUAGAUGAAAACUGUUAUACGGCUGUAAAAGAAGGCACCGCUCAGAUUGAACUGUUUCUAACCGACGAAGCAGGUUUAAAUACUUUGCGCUCCUUAUUUAAACUUUGUCAAGAUCUGGUAGGAGACUUAUGGUUUGAGAAAAAUGUUUCUAACUUUUUCGCAACUUUGGCUGGAAAUUUUGCGGGUAUUGCCCAAUACAACAAAGAUAACAGGCUCAGCACAAAAGGAACUCUGCUUGGAAACAUUACUUUAAAUACCAUCUGCUCCAUCAUGACGGAUCCAGCAACAAAGACGGAAAUCCAGAGACUGGCAAAUUUCAAUUCGUUAAUGUUGGAAGCAACCGACCAAAAAUGUUUGGACUUUAGUUAUGUGAACAUGAUUCUUGACAUGACGAAAACAACCUGGAACAGUUCAGCUUCAGAAGGAGGUCGACAAUGGAUGUAUCAAACAUGCAAUGAAUUCGGUUUCUUCCAAACCUCCGAUGAGAAGCCGCAAAUAUUCAGCGAUCGGUUUCCUAUCAAGUUUUGGACUCAGCAAUGUUCCGAUAUUUUUGGCUCAAAAUUCACCGAAGAAUACGUGAAUAAAGCCUCCAACCGCACUAACAUUUUGUAUGGUGGUCUUGAUAUUAAGGUCAGCAAUGUUGUUUUUGUGCAUGGUUCUGUGGAUCCCUGGCAUAUGCUAGGAAUAACUAAAACGAUCAAUGCAAACGCCCCAGCAAUUUUCAUCAAAGGAACUGCUCAUUGUGCCAACAUGUACCCUGCAAGUCAUGAUGAUCCAUCUGAUCUUAAAUCAGCCAGAAUUCAAAUAGGAAAAUAUAUUCAGAAAUGGUUAUCAGAAAGCUAAAUAUAUAACUAAUUUGACGUACCAACAACCAUAAUUCUUGUGUGUUAUCGACUUAGUAAAAGUACCUACCAGAAAAAAAUUAAAAACGAAUAUAUUCUAUAGAAUAUAUAGUGUCAUUUUUUUAGUUUCUUGUCUAACUAUAGUUUUGUCUCUACAGUCCUAAUUAAUUUAGUAUCGAAUAAACAUUAAUCCAAA